AUGGGCGGUGUGCUUUCCUCGAAGGUUGAAGACGACUGGAAGAGCGACGCUCGAUAUGCUAUGGAGGCAGGAACGUUUUGCGUCGUAUGUGGUGGCCCAUUCGAUAUCGAAGGGGAUGUCUACAACAUCGACCCAAAAGACAUUCGGUUUCAGUGGUUGUACAGUCUCCGUCUCCUUGGUCGCAUCGCCGACGUAGCUGAGCAUAUGGUAGCCAGCGAGGGAUCGAUUCCGAUCAACGUAUCUGAAGUGCCUGGAAUCUACCUCUCCGAGAUUGCAUCCUUCAGCUUGACUGGCUCGGGCUACUUUCGAAUUAUCGGCGACGCUGAACAAGAUGAUAUCUGGUUCGAUGCUCUUUCUUACACACGCGAUCACGGAACCUUGUUUCCGUUGCACGAAGGGUGCAUUGUAACGAGUUGUCGAGCUAUUGACCGUCAUUAUUCGAUGAGAAGGGAGGUCGAACCCAAACCCGCUCUUGAAAUGUUGUAUGAGCUAUUGAAUACACGCUUCAUUCGACGAAAAUCCCGCACGGACGAACCACACGAGACGUCAAACGAUAUCUUCGACCUGUGUUCUUCUUGUUCCGAAUACGGUCCUAGAAGCGUAUUGGCUUUGAGCAGGCUGGAAUGGUGGGGCGGUAAAUAUGAUAAAUUCUACACCGAUCCCAUCAAAGAAGAAAGUACUGCAUCUUUCGUACGAAGGGUAUUGCAAAGCUCGCCGCGUAGAAGAGACGAGCCAGAGUACGCGUUGAAGUCUUCACGUGAACCCCAGAGACUGGAGCGCCUUCCAACAGAAUUGCUGGACGCGGUCUGCAGUUAUCUUCCAAUCCAAUCUAUCAUCGCACUAAACCGCACCUCGAAAGUGCUGGCUCAACGUAUUCCGCUUGACUCUGCUUUCUGGCGAAACAGCUUCCGGGACGGAAGUCUACAUCCGCAUAUUUGGGACCUAGACACUAAGUGGAUCGAGCAUCAUCUGUCCAAACCUGAUGCAAGGCUCCUAGAUCUGACUGCCUCCUGGGAUUGGAAAGCUGCUGCAAAGCUCCUUGCGACGAAACGCUUCUCAAUCAGUGGAUGCGACGACCGUCUGCUUGAUGUACCUGAUGGCUUUUGGAACCGAUGUAGGAUCUGGGCUACUAUUGAGGAAGCGUUACAAGAGUAA